AUGAUAGAUUUUGAAUAUGAUCCUGCAAAGAAACAGUUCCAAUGGAUUUUCAUCUCAUUUGAUGCAUGCAUCAAAGCGUAUCGGUUUUGUCGGCCAAUGGUCUACUUGGAUGCUACUUUCCUUACUGGUAGAUUCAGAGGUUGCUUGAUGGAAGCUACUGGGAUCAAUGGUGAUAAAGGAUUUUUCCCACUUGCUGUGGCACUAGCCAACGCUGAAAAUAACAACAGUUGGGAGUGGUUUUUAAGAAAUUUGACUCAACUUGUUGGUGAAGGGAGGCCAAUCACCUUCCUUUCGGAUCACCAUGAAGGUCUCUUACAUGGUAUUCCACUUUUCUUUCCAGAUUCAUACCAUAGCUACUGCUACUAUCAUUUGAAGAAUAAUCUGCCCAUCACUGACUCAGAUCCUAGGUAUACGCUUGUUGUCGGUAUAGACGCACAACUAGUAGGAGAAUCAUUCAAUAGCUGGAUUCUGGUUCACAGGAAAAUGCAUGCAUCUGCUCUUCUUGAUCAGAUUAGGAUGAAAAUAAUGGUAAUUCUGGCAGGACGUCGUGAUGAUGGCUCUAAGAUGAUGAUUCUAUUAACUCCCGAGUAUGAGGAAAGGCUUGAGUAUCUUCAAGAUGAAUUUUUGGCUUGGAAAGUAUUGGUGGCUAAUCCAACCGUGUUUGAAGUUUUUAGCGAAAGAACUCACAGAGUGGACCUAGAACACUGGACUUGCACCUGUCAAAGGUGUAACUACUAA